AUGGAGCCAGAAACAGAGGACCAGGAGAGCACUGUCAUGGACUCUUGGUCAGUCUCUGAGUACGGUCACUCCUCUGACGACCUUUACAUCUCAGAGUCCCGGGAUGGAUUCUACUAUGAAGAAAGGAAGAGUGAUACAGAGCUCCCCAUAGAUCCACAGCACACCCACAUUAGACAGGCCGAGUCCCCCCAUUCUGUGGAGUCCCCUGAACCAUACACCAAGAAAGCCAUGGUGGAACAUCAGAGACCACCAUCGAACUACAGCCCGGAAGAACGUAGCCUGGUCAGGGGACUGAGCCCCAGCAGAAGCCAGGAGAUAGACACCUUAUCACAGGGGCCAGGUAGCGUCUACCCUGGGGAAUCCUUGAGCUCCGAUGCCGAAUCCUACCCAAGCACCCCUUCACCGAUUCCCCCAAAGUCCCCACAAGCCCCCACCCCGAACCCCAACUUGUGUCAAAUGUCAAGGCAACGUUCAUCCUCCUCUUCCUCCGUUGGCCGGAGUGAGAUGACCCUAACUCUGACCCAUGGGCAACCCAGGGGGGACGGCAGGAGGCUGGGCUCUGGGACCGGGGCCAGGGGGAAUGGGAGUGUUGAGUCUCUGGAGGAAGGAGGGCACAGCGAAGCACCUCCUGCUCAUCUAUCCUUUGGAAUUUCAGCGCAGGGUGCUGAGCAGGCAGAGCAGUGGAACUCUGCGUCUGAGAGAGAUCUCCCCAGUCCCAGCAGACACAGGGUGAGGCGCGCACGGCCCAGACAGAGUGAGAGCCAGUCAGACAGGCAGGUGAAGGAAGCCAAGUCUAAAUGUAAACGCAUUGCUUUGCUGUUGACCGAUGCACCAAAUCCCAGAAACAGAGGGGUGUUAAUGUUCAAGAAGCGUCGGCAAAGGGUUAAGAAGUAUACACUUGUCAGCUACGGGACAGGUCAGCACCAGUUUGACGACCAAAGCGGCAAAGACGAAGAAAGUGAAUACGGCAAAACGGUCAGGUUUACUUUGGCCACGAAUGAUUAUUCAGAACUUGAUGAAGACUACACAGUGAAUGUACGAGACCGAGACGUCAAUUUAAACUGGGAGAACCUUGGAAUAGCCAACAUAUUUCACCACCUGGAAGAGAUGGAGCAACUGCCAGAGACAAAAGGCAAGGGAGUGGCGAUGUUUGUGCAGCGCCGCCAGAGGAUGGAUGAGAUUGCCCUAGAGCACGAGGAAAUGAGGCGCAAAGGCUUACCCGUCAAAGGUAUCGUAGAGCUUGAAGACACAGAAAUGUACAAGUCUUACAAAACAGAUGAAACUUAUGUGCAAUCCAAUCAAAUUCAAUACAGCGAAAGGCAUGCUGAUCAGAUCUACAUGGAUGGUCAUGGCAAUCAACAUCUGCAGUACAAAGAAAACCAACAGGAGAUGCAACAAUAUGCUCACAUGAUGAACAGUAUGCCCAACCUCCUAGCUAGUGCCAUACCAAAGCCUCUUGUGCCCAACAGAACAGCUAAGCCCUUCUUGGGAUCCCAAAACAGACUACCUGUCCCAUUUUCUCCUCUUAGUGGUGUCACUAGCCCAGUGAAGCAUCAUGAACUCAAAUUCAAGGUAUCAGUCCCUAUACACACAGUUCCACAGGUCUGGUCCCCAACUGGGGACUUCAUAGCUUCGCGUGACGAACGCAUAUCUGUACCAGCGAUAAAGACGGGCAUCCUACCAGACUCAAAAAGAAGAGGUGCAAAUAGAGCGGCCUCUGAUCAACCCUCCAACGCCUAUAUUCAAAACAGAGGGGAAAGAAGAUCAUAUAUUGAGUCAGGCGAAGAGGAAGACUACUUUAGUCUUGGUGCUGAGGCAUGCAACUUUAUGCAACCCCGAACAGUCAAGCACAAGAAUCCCCCACCUGUUGCCCCAAAGCCUAGCAUUAACCCAGUCUGUCCACCAUGGUUGAAGGAGAGUCCCUCGAAUGUGCUACUUCACCUGGCAAGGAGUCCAAUCCCGGCAUCUUUCCCAAAUCCAGUGGGGUCUUCUCCUCAGCAAUACUUCAAACAACAAGACUGGCUUUCGCCUCAGCAAACGGCGAACCCCCGGGAACCACCCCAAACUCAGUCACGACCACAGCCACCCAUGAACACCAGGGCACCAGCCAACUCAACAUCACCCUCUCAACUUCAUCCAACCAUGAAUAGCUGGAGUCCACAGCCACCGCGGUCCCCAGUGAGUAUUCAGGCCCCGAACCCAACUCACACGGCACCUCGCCAAGCCACAGUCUCAAAGAAUAAGUCCCCAAAUCCUUCGGUGGCAUCUUGCCCACCCCAACGAGGGAGCUCUUACAGCCACGCAGCCAAGGCACCACCUACUUCUUCAAUGGGUCACAUCUCUGAGGGCCAUGUUAGUCCAGCCAUAAAUGGUCCAACUCUGAGGGGAAGAGGUGCCGAACUCUUUGCCAAGAGGCAGACCCGUAUGGAGAAGUUUGUGGUGGAUGCCGAAACAGUUCAGGCCAACAAAGCAAAGUGUCCUUCCCCCACCGCCUCCCUUCCAGGUGCUUGGAGAUACUCUUCCAACAUCCGAGCCCCACCUCCUUUGUCAUACAAUCCCCUUCAUGCUCCUUUCUACCCCCCUGCAGCAGCUAAACACCCCUAUUCAACAAGUCCAAAAAUCAAACCAAAGACCACUGUGAAAACCAAACCACAACCCUCCAAGCACCUGGAUGCCCUAGAUGUCAUGAAACAUCAGCCCUAUCAGCUGGACUCAUCACUCUUUAGAUAUAACGUAGGCACUGAGGCUGAAGGCCUUAGCCCUAGCCUCAAAACUGCCCCCAUCCAAACCCCUGAGUCAAACCCAACCUUGAGCCCUAAACCUGCCCCUGUUGUCAGCCCUAGACCUGCCUUUACCAUUUCUCCUUACUCUUACCCUGGCCAUGACCUUCCCCCAGCAAAACAACAAAGCAAGCCCAUAGCUCCUGCUAAGUCUACUAGAUCGGGACUUGGCAGAAGCUACUCUCUGUCCCUACCCAGACGGAUGUGCUCCAUGUCCUACAUGCCCUCGCAGUCAUCUAUGUCCCCUGUGACCACCCCUGUGUUCCAUCCAUCUCUCGGGAGGCAGACCUCCUGGCAGGAAAAAGCUGCCCUCAAGCCCCCCAGCCCUUGGGAGGCUGCCUCCCGGAGCCCUUUGGGCCUGGUGGACGAUGCCUUCCGAUUCCAGAACUUCCCUCAGUCCAUCGCCACUAACGUCAACUCCACCGCCAACCGACGAUCUCUUCCAGAACCUCCGGACGAAUGGAAGCGCAAGGUGUCAUUGGACGCACCCUGUGUCAGUGGUGGUUACUAUCAUGCUCCACCCCCAGCCAUGCAUACUAGGUCUAUGAGCAUGACCUCUGCCCCUGUCUAUGGGCCUCCCUUCAGACAGGCCCAGCCUCUGUGGUCAGCGGUGAGUGCUAGCGCUGGACAUAUGGGUCGAGGACCGGGCCACCCGAGUCAGUCCCUCUAUGCUACCUUGCCACGCACAGCUAUGAGAAGGUAAUCUCCUCAGCUAGAAUUCAAACAUAUAAACAGUGCACUUGUAAGAACAAACAUAGAAAAUAUAAUUGGAUGUACAGAUGUAAACAAUAGGGCCAGCAUAUUAUAAUUAACAAUUUGAUCAAGGUAGUGCUUAUAUUUUAAGACAAAUGUUUGGAAUCAAUGAGGAAAUACUGACCCAGAUAGUGAUAACGGUCUACAGCAGCAUGAUAAGGUGAAUUACACGUUUGAAGAUGGAUUCUGCAGGGAAACGGCGCUACUGUUUGCCACACCACCAUUGUUAUUGUUUUUGUUUUGAGGUGAGGAGCGUUUCACAGCGUGAAAAAAAAACAUUUGUAGUAUUAAUUCUGCUGUUCUAUAAUGCAUGCAAUGAUGUCAGAGGGGGAAAAACAGUGUUAGUUGUUUUUAGUAACUUUGUUUCACAAUUAUGGAGUCUAGCUUUAAAGGUUUUCAUUUCUGGGGAAAAAAAGUACUGUGUUAAUGGUCUUUGGUUUAAAAUGGAGUUUGUUUUUCUAUAUGUGUGUGCAUGUACAGUAUUUUGGUUUGAGCAUGGAUUGUUUGUGCAUUUUGUCCUGUGGCCACAGGGGGCAAAGAAGUGGUUUCUCGUUCUCCACUAUAAUUCUGAUCAGUGAAGUGCAUUCACACACAUCUAUAGUAUGUACUGCAUGUUCCAUUGAAUGUUCUGUACCUGAAAAGUUUAAAUUCUAAACACGUUUUAUGAAUUUUGAUAAAUGAUACAUGAUAGGCCUAUUAUUUAUUUGCAUGUGCAUAAAAGUAAGAGGUUUGCAAGGUGAUGAGUGAGACAAUGACAGAUGGAAGGGAAAAGAAAGUUAGAUGUGUUGAACCUAUAACUUGUUUUAUUUUCCACAUAAUAUGAAAACGAAAUAGAAACAUGGAUUGAGUAUUGUUAUGUGAUGUAAGCGGUAACAUCUAAAAUAUCAAUAUAGUAGAGCGGAUUUCAAAUGUACUGCCAGGGUUCCUUGAUGGUUUGUGUAAUAUGUGCGAUAGCAUGUGUAGCAGGUUAGAUAGUAAGUACCAAGUGCACAUACGGAUGAAAACAACCAAUAUUCAAGUUCACUUUCUGUUACUAUGAAAAUUAAGGACAUUUACAAAUGUCUUACAUUUCUUAAAAUAAUAAAUCAAAUGUCAGAUUUCAUUGCUGAAAUAUAGAACAUUAACAAUGUUUUUGUUCAUACCAUUGUCAGUUUGCAAAACAUAGGCACACACUAUAUUCUAGACCACGUCAUUGAAUACAGGUUGACGUUUCUGCGAUUGGUUUGGCACUUCCGUGAAAGGCAUAUGAAAUGUGCCACACUUGUGAAUGUGUUGAAGAUAUUGUCACUUUUAUCACUUGAUCGUGUUGUUCAUUUGUUGCAGCACUGACGAUAAAUAUUGUACUCUUCCAAUAAAAUGUUGUU